GGGGUGGCGGGGGCCGCGCGUGGCCGUGCUGAGCGGCGGGCGGGCGGACGGCGGGCGUUCUCUGCCCGGCUGGCUGCUGCCUGCCCGCUGCCCGCUCGCUGCCUCCUGCCUACCCGCUGCCUCCUGCCUACCCGCUGCCUCCUGCCUACCCGCUGCCCGCUCGCUGCCCGCCCGCCCGCGGGGUGUGAACGCCAUGGGGGAGACGGGCGCCGGGCGAGGCGCGGGGCGCGCGCUGGGCGCCCUCCUGCCGCGCGCCGCCCGCCGCCUCCCCGACGGCCGCCCGCGCCCCCCGCUCCCCGCCGCCGCCGCCGCCAUGAAGCGGGCGCACCCCGAGUACAGCUCGUCGGACAGCGAGGAGCUGGACGAGGCCGUGGAGGUGGAGAAGGAGAGCGCGGACGAGAACGGGAACCUGAGCUCGGCGGCGGGCUCCAUGUCUCCCUCCACCACCUCGCAGAUCCUGGCCAGGAAGAGGCGCCGAGGGAUCAUCGAGAAGCGCCGCCGCGAUCGCAUCAACAACAGCCUGUCCGAGCUGAGGAGGCUGGUGCCCAGCGCCUUCGAGAAGCAGGGAUCGGCCAAGCUGGAGAAAGCAGAGAUCCUGCAGAUGACUGUCGAUCACCUGAAAAUGCUGCAUACUGCAGGAGGGAAAGGUUAUUUUGAUGCUCAUGCUUUGGCUAUGGACUAUCGGAGUCUAGGGUUUCGAGAGUGCCUGGCCGAAGUUGCUCGAUACCUUAGUAUUAUAGAGGGUCUGGACGCCUCUGAUCCUCUGCGAGUUCGACUUGUGUCUCAUCUCAAUAACUAUGCCUCUCAACGGGAAGCAGCAAGUAGUGCACACACUGGCAUUGGACACAUUCCUUGGGGCAGUGCCUUUGGACAUCACCCUCACAUAUCUCACCCGUUGCUGCUGGCUCAAAAUGGGCACGGUAAUACCAGCACUACAGCAUCUUCCACAGAACCACACCACCAGACCAGAAUUGCUGCCCCACAUGCUGAAACUUCCUCACUCAGAGUGCCCCCAAAUGGCAGCGUUGGACCAGUGCUCCCCGUGGUCACAUCUACGACCAAACUGACUCCUCCUCUUCUCUCCUCCAUGGCAUCUCUUUCUGCGUUCCCCUUUUCAUUUGGCUCCUUCCAUCUGCUGUCCCCCAACGUGCUGAGCCCGUCUACACCAACGCAGUCAGCAGCCCUUAGCAAACCAUACAGACCCUGGGGGACUGAGAUUGGAGCCUUCUAAGAAAUAACUCUUUAGUAAGGGUGGGGAAGCCUACAAACCUAGCUGAGCUGGGUUAUGCCACGCUUAAAGUUGAAGUUCUUAAUAACAGGGACAAAGGUACAGCUUCACCUUAACUAAGUUUGUCUAAAAACUGUCUCGUUGGAUUUUUCUUUUUGUUUUCUACAUUUUUGUAUUAGCAGGGUUUUUUUUAAUAGUUGCUGAAGUUGUCCAAAAAUAAAAUUACAAUAGUGGCUGUUAACACUUGUGUUAGAUCUGUGCUGAGCAUUUAAAUCACUUUUGUAAACAGUUUGUUUCAAAUGUUUCAUUUUUCCUGAGUAUGUCAGACUGCCUUCUUAUGAAGAGAUAUCAUCUAUUGUUAGCAAUGGCCUAGUUUAGUUAUUAAUUUUUCCAAGACCACUCUUCUCAGCAUUAACAAGCCGUGGUUUUUGUUAGUGUUUUGACAUUGAGAUGUUCUAUAAAGAAUUACUCUUUUUGUAAACUAUAUUUGAGUCUUAUAUUUCUGAACAAAGCGUUGACAAAUCAGAUGGACCAGCUUGAUCAACUUUAUCUAACAGCCCGAUUUCUAUUUCUUCUGCAGUGGUUUGGUGUAUUGGUGGUCUUAUUCUAGUCCCUAGUGGACAUUUACUCACAUCUCAGAACCGCUAUGCUGUUUCUUCCACCGGAAGGAGCAGUUUGCUUUAGAGCAGACUCUAGAGUGGGGAGGGUGAAAAAGCCAAAUUACACACUAUCUUGUUGGUGGGUUUAGUCACCGGGGAAGUGAAGGGAAAAAAAAAAAUUGUCACCUGCAGUAGUCUUCCAGCAGGAGCCAGUCAUAUGCAUAGUAAUUUCAUAGGGACAAAUUCUGCUUUGAAUUACAGUAGAGUAAUUGUUCUAUCACCCUGUGUUCUUGGGUUAACUGAGAUCAGAUUCUCUCCCUCGGUGAGCUUCAAAUUUGCACCUGAAAGGAGUGAUGCUGGUAUUUAAAUAGCCAAUGGAAUGGUACAGGGGGAACCAGUUCAGUGCACAGCCUUGUUGCUUAACAGAUUUAUCCUAACUGGCUGAUUUUUCUGGUGUGUUUUACUUUUAGGUGCAGUUCAGUGCCAUUCCUCAUUUUCUGAGGGCUCUGCCGCAUUCUUGUGUGUGUGAGAGUGUGUGCGUAUACAUGUAUAUUUUAGUUGAUUUCGUGAGAAUCUUGAUCUGAACAGGUUUAUCUAGUGAGUUCCACUGGACGGGGUCUGACUGCUCUUGUAUUUGUGUUGUGGCUAAAUAAAGGAGAAAGAACAAAGUAUUUUAAAUGACAUGUUUGUCUGAUAUAUAUCAGUGGAGAAUGCUGUGCCUAUGCGUAUCACGGGAGAUGUUGAACAAUUGCUACUUGGUCCUGCUGUGGGCAUUUGCAUUUACUUUUUUCUCAAAUAUUGUGGCUUACUUAGCUACACUAGCUGAGUACAUAGAGAACGGCGGAGCCUCAGAAUAACAGUCGAGGGAAGGAAAAUGUAGGUUGCCUGUUGCGUGUCACUUUUACUUGCCUGGCAGCGUGUGGGCAGACAGCAAAGACACUGGGAUUACUGCUAAAGAAGAGGUUAAAGCUGCACUGCACCCGAACAUUCUUACUGAUUUGUAUUAAUAUUAAAAAGUGAUCAUCUUUACAAAUGUGGAGUCCUUUCCUGUCUAACUCAUGGAGUCUUUAUCUGUCCUAUAGCUCUGUAAUGAAGUUUUGUACCUGAUGGUCUGGUUUAGCUCACGUUCAGUGCAUUAGUGCAGAAUCUAGCCAAGGUCUCCGACUGACCCUGUAUUUGUUAGUGAGGGGUAUUACACUUUUUCUGGAAGUAACAACCCGACAAGCUUACAGGUAGAGAGGUAUUCUGCAGAUGCAGUCCAUCCUACCUGCAAAUCUCUACCUGCAGAACAUCAACAGCUUCUCCUGGAAGUACCUCACUUCUUUCCUGUGCAUUGGAAUUUAUGGUACACUCGUGUUGGUAAACGGCACAUCCUUGUCUGGAUUUAGCUCUGCCAGAACAGCAGAAAGAGCUUGGCCCUGUGGGAGACGAGAGCUUUGUUUAAAGAGGGGCUCUCGGGCCAAUUAAGGAGUGGCAUUGAUGAGAGGCUUUCUCGGAAGAUGGAUUGCCGUGAGGCUGGAAAGAGUGGGAGGGCAUCCAAGUGCGUAACCUUGUUUUACCUUCUUCCCUAGGCUGUAGGAGACCGCUGCUAGAAAUGAAACGCAAAACACUGUGGGAGCUAGAAAUACAUAGGUGGUGUUGAGGAAAGAUUAUAGAGCAUAGUAUUUCGUGUAGAAACCUGAAAUAAGAGGCUAUAAAAUUCCAAAUCCUGUUUCCUUUUCACAGUGUGUCCUGUUUAAUUAUGCACUGUCCUGUCCCUAAUAGGUUUUUAUACCAA